GUUUUUACGUCACAGUUUUGUGGACUGCGUAUUGGACAAUGAUUGGUUGUUCCUGCUGGUUGUGAUCUGAUCUGCACAGACCGUAUACCGUUCACCCAGUAAAGGCCAAACAUCCAAGUGACGUAGAAAUUGCAAAAUAAACUUUUGACUGGAGGGGGCUUUAAUUCACCAUUUGCUGUAUCGUUCAUCCCCAAGCUUCCUCACGUCUUCAUUCGCCCUUCACUUCAUUGAACCGUGAGCUGUCUUCUCCACGCACUCGACCCAGGCUGUGCCGAGCGAUGCGCGUUCCCCACACCGGAAGUCACAGUCAAGUCGUUCGCGUUCAUGAGCACGGCAGGACUGAACCGGCAAAGACGAUAGUUACCGGGGGGAAGAAAAGGAGCCGGUGGACCAACUCCACGGAAUGAAACAUAAGUGUUUGCUUGUCACCGGUCUGUUGUCGUUCACGUAACGUUUUUUAUUUGGAACAUCUCAGCAAGAGGCGGACGUUCAGGUGUUGAGUGCCCGGACCGUUUCCGAGGAAGGAGCGCGUUGUGACCGUCCGCUCUGUUGCCUGGGGAAGAGAGUCGGUUCUCGUGCUGACCCCGGCCCGUGACCAGAGGAGUGUGGGACCAUAGUGUGUGAGCAGCUCUCCCUAUGUGUGUCACAAUGGGGGACAUCAGUGACCUGGACCGACAGAUAGAGCAGCUCAGACGCUGUGAGCUCAUUAAAGAAAACGAAGUCAAAGCACUGUGUGCCAAAGCCAGAGAGAUUUUGGUUGAAGAAAGCAACGUUCAGAGAGUAGACUCUCCUGUCACAGUGUGUGGUGAUAUACAUGGUCAGUUCUAUGACUUGAAGGAGCUGUUUAGAGUGGGUGGCGACGUCCCAGAGACAAAUUACCUCUUCAUGGGUGACUUUGUGGACAGAGGCUUCUACAGCGUGGAGACCUUCCUUCUUCUGCUAGCUCUUAAGGUGCGCUAUCCAGACAGGAUAACCUUGAUUCGGGGAAACCACGAGUCCCGGCAAAUCACCCAGGUCUACGGCUUCUACGACGAGUGCCUCCGCAAGUACGGCUCAGUCACAGUCUGGAGAUACUGCACGGAGAUAUUUGACUACCUGUCCCUCUCUGCUAUCAUCGACGGCAAGAUAUUCUGUGUGCACGGCGGCUUGUCUCCUUCUAUCCAGACACUGGACCAGAUCCGGACCAUCGACAGGAAACAGGAAGUUCCCCAUGACGGGCCCAUGUGUGACCUCCUGUGGUCAGACCCUGAAGACACCACGGGGUGGGUAAGUCCAAGAGGCGCUGGCUACUUGUUCGGGAGCGACGUGGUGGCGCAGUUCAACGCCGCCAACGACAUCCACAUGAUCUGUCGAGCGCACCAGCUGGUCAUGGAGGGCUACAAGUGGCACUUCAACGAGACAGUGCUCACUGUGUGGUCAGCACCCAACUACUGCUACAGGUGUGGCAACGUGGCGGCCAUCUUGGAGCUGGACGAGCAUCUACAGCGGGAGUUCAUCAUAUUUGAAGCGGCGCCGCAAGAGACCAGAGGCAUCCCCUCCAAGAAGCCAGUAGCUGACUAUUUCCUGUGAAGUCUCUCGGAGCGGACAGCCACAACGUGUCGAAAAACCCCCUCUGGUACCAUUUCACACCACCUGCCCUCCUCCUUCAUCAUCCUGUCGGUCUGAACUCAGAGCAGUUAGACAGGAAAAAAAACCUGCCAAACAACCCCCACCCCUUGCUGAGCCUCAAACGGCUUCAGCUUGGGAGCGCUGGAUUUUUUGCCGCACUGCCCGGAGGCUGACGGAGCAGUCACUGUGAAGGGUGUAGUUGGGCAAGGUGGACACUGGGCCCCACGACUGUUGUCACUUCUCCAUUGUUUUCUUUCUCCCCAUCAGCCUCCUCUUCCAUUUCUCUUUUUGCCCGCUGCGACACUCUCCCACCCCGACUUGAGCUUCACCACUCUUAUAGUAUUUUUUCCAUGACAAACAUCGUCAAUUAGUUUUUAGAAGUAUCUGGAAAGAGUUUUUUUUUUUUCUUCUUCUCUUCGUUUUUAAAUAUUUGCAGAUGUAGGAAGUUAAACAAUUGUAUCAUUUAAAGGGAAACUUUUGCUAAUUUUCAACCACCCUCUGUGUAAAUCGUAGUUUGUGCGGAGGAACGGCGACCAUGAACUGUGAUGACACACAGCUGGUUGAAAAUUGGCAAAGUGUCCCUUAAGGAAUUCCUUCAACGCCUAAUUGUCUUUGUUUUUUGUAUAAUUGUUGCUGCCAGGAUUAAAUGCAAGAUGACGUUCCUCCACCCUCACUUUUUUUGCUCUUAUGUUUCUGUUUAACAGUUAUCCGUCAUGUCACUAUUUAACACACACAGUGAUGCUGCUGCUCAGCGCCGUCACAAAUACAAGAAAUAGGAUGAACUGGCCAACAGGAGUCACUAUAUCCACCAUUGUUUUCUCUCUUAAUUCCUUUUAAUCUACAAAUCAUUGUAGGUCUGUCAAUUUUGAUAUUGUGAGAAUAAAGUUUUGUAUCAAUACUGA